GCGUCACCAACAGCGUUAGAGCUCUGCACUAAUGAGUAGAAACUAUUUCCUUUAAUCCAACCUUGCAACUGGCAAUCCGAUCCACAGAUUUUAAAGCCUGAUGAUACCUAUUAAGAGAACUCCGAGAUGAAAUGGGCAGAAGUUGUGAACAAAAUGAAAAUGACAGCACCGAAAAUAAUUGUAAUCUACUCAUGAAUAUUCCGUUUGCAUUUUCAUUUUCCAAAAAGGACAGGCCAAAGCGUAAGCCAUCAAAAAAGGACAAUACCAGGAGCAGAGUUUCAGAGACGGUGUAGGAGUGGGGUUUUUCAGCAAAUGCGUAAGCCAAAGAAAUACGACGACGUCACUAAGGGAAACGCGUGCUGGGGUUGUGAGGUCGGAAAAACAGAUGCAGGGUGAAGCAGUCGGCUAAGUGUACAAUGGGAAAAAUAUAUAUAUCCCGGCAAUCGUUUGUUAUUUUAUUUUAUUGGAGUUGGGCCCACUACACUGUAAAAAAUCAUUAAAAAAGGCAUUAUACAUCGAUGAACCAAUCAUAGACAUCAAAUGCUUUUUUGGCUACUUAUUAACAAAUCAAAAGCUUUCAUUGUCCUCCAGAACGUCUUUGGUUUCCUGGCCAUGUUGUUUCUCCCAGUGCCCCGCUCCAUGUCCCCCACCGGAGCUUCGCUGAUGGGCAGUCGUCGUUGAAGUGCCGCAGUUGCCAGCUUCAUCGUCAUUCUCGCUUUGGUCGGCCCUGGACGCCAUCGAAAUUAUAAACUUGGCUGUUAAAGAAGCUAGGAUUGGAUUGGAGUGGACUGUAGCUUAGAAUGCGAAGGGGAAUGCCUUGUGCACGAGUGCACUUUUAAGUUUAUUGUUCUUUUAAAAAGAAACGGGGGACUAAAAUGAAGCUCAGCUUGAAUCGAGUAAUUACGAAAGGAAGCUCUGACAUAAAACCAAUGUAAGGUAAUACGUUCUAUUCAUGGCUGUACUUAUUGUCCGAGCCUACGGAAUAUUACAAAAGAAAAUGUCCGUAAAAACAUACAUCACAAAAUAAGGAUGCGUCUCCCUAUGUUAUUUUUCAUAUAAUACAUACAACUAAUAUAGACUGAACUAUCAGAUAUCCGCUCCUUAUCUUGUGGGAGUGAAAACGAAAAGUUUAACACCAGCUAUGGCGUUUUAAUACAACAAUGUUAAAAUGGAAAAAAAAAGUAAUUUAAAAAAUAGUGGGCUUGGAAAUUUUGGGCGGUUUGUGGGCAUUAGAGUAGGCGUGCCCAGAACAAAUAUUUCCUAAAAAAUGUGCUUUUAAUACAGUAUCCAAUAGUUCGAUGUGUUGUCUAUAGAAUAAGCGAAAUGUGCUCCUGCAGUAUACGUUGCUGCUUCUUGUAUAGCUUGAUUAUAUUCUCCUUCAUUUACUACUAUAACGAUGUAGUGGUCGAUAACAUAGUCUUCGAGGAGCACCAUCUUGUGGAGAAAUACUCUGUGGACACUAAGGGUUGUCGUAUGCUGACUAUGCUUCCCAAUGACCACGACGUAAUGUUCCUGUGGCGCGGCCUUCGUAGAGACUUUUGCCGCAGCAACCUAAACCUGACGUCCUUUAGCAAUUGCACCUACAACUACCUCAGGACAGAAGUGAAUAUGGAGUUUGCUAAAGCGAGGUACGGCGUCGAGACUUUGGAAAGUUUUAAGUGCAUGUAUUAUGCCAUGGAGCGACACACCGAUUUCGACAAUCGCUACUUGUACAGUCGAGAAUUCGAGUUGCUAACGGAUGGUAACAAUACAAUUGAGCCCCAUGCGGAUAUCAUAAGGGCUGAGUGCUUUAUCAACGCUACGAGCAUCUACAACGGAGUUCAUUUUUACGUUCAUCCGACCGACGAAUGGCUGCGCACCGCGCAGGGUCUCCCCCCUCUGAAGCUGGCUUCCGACGUCGGCAGUUUGUCAGUGUUGAUCGUGGGCCUAGAUUCCAUUUCCCAAAUGCAUUUCCACAGGAGCAUGGCUCGCACAGCCAACUUUCUACUAUCCCUUCCGCACGUGGAACUUAGGGGGUUCCAUCGGUUGGGUGACGACGGCUUCGAUAGUCUGAUGCCGUUGCUUAGCGGUCUAAGUGGGCAGGAAUUGAAGGACGUUUCGGCGAACCUCAGCAGCCUGGACAGCUGUCCUUUUAUCUGGAAGGUUUUUCAAAAAGCCGGCUACGAAACGGGCCUGGGAGAGGAUAACAUAGACAAGAGUCUGUUCGUGAAGGGGUUUCGGAAGCCGCCAACAGACUUUUACCUACGGCCUGCUCUUCUAGAGAUGUGGCUGAAAACGAGAACGGACGGACUAUUUGACACGCACUGCAACGAGAAGGACAAUUACGCAAUGGUGCUCAGGGAGUUCUUAUUCAAGAUGCUUCCUCAUCAUACAGAGCACAGGUUCUUUACGUUCCUUUGGUGGACCCAGGGCAUCGAUCACUUGUUUAACUAUGGACGGAAGCUGGACCAACCGUUCCUGAAAAUGUUCAAAGCCAUAGGACGGAGUGGUCUGCUCAAGAACACGGUGCUCUUGGUGGUUUCCAACCACGGGUUAAAUAAGGGCCGGUUUUACAAAACCGUGCAGGGCAAAGUGGAGGAGAGUCAGCCCCUGGCGAUACUUUGCUACCCCAGGUGGCUGGAAGAACGAUAUCCUCAGGCCAUAGGCAAUUUAAAGAGUAACAAUCGUCGUCUGGUCACCGCGUUUGAUUUACACGCCACUCUCCACAACUUACCCAACCUGACCUCCCUGGAAGAUGAGCAACUGCAGCAGCGCAGAGUGGAUAUAUGGACAAUGGGCAAAGACAUUCCGCGGGGAAUAAGUCUUUUCUUGCCAAUUCCAGACCAUAGAGACUGUUUCUUGGCCGCCAUACCCACGGCGAACUGCCUGUGUCAGCAGCCUAGAAAUGUCUCGACUUCAGAUGGCUAUGUUCUGCGGGCAGCCCGUCUCAUUAUUCGAAACCUCAAUAAGAUGAUCCACACACACACUCCGCCUUGCAAAACUUUACACCUGGACCGGGUAUUGACUGCCGAUAAGUGGAGACGCAUCGCAGAUGAUCAUCAGUCGGAAUUUAGGGUGCGACUGAUAGCCACUCCGGGCGAGGGUCAGUUUGAAGGAAUCGUUAGGUAUACAGGAUAUAAGCUAGCUGUAGACGGGCAUAUAACACGCGUUAAUGACCAUAGAAAUGGCUCGCAGUGUAUUAGGAACUACUUGAUUGAAAGGUAUUGCUUUUGUCCUUAAGCCACCACUUACUCACCUUAUUUAAAAUUCUCAUACUUAUAACUUGUAAACUAAUAUUACAUUAAUAGUUUUUGGCAAUAUAGUUGAGUUAAAAUAUAAAAUAAAUGGCCAAU